UACUAUUUAAUCAAACUUUUCAAGAAUUUUCAAAAAUAUAAAGGAUUAUUUACAUAAAUAACGAAUAAAAUAGUUAUAACAAUUAUAUAGAAAAAUCUAAACGAAAAUAUAAAUUAACGCAUAACAAAUACAACGAGUUUUGCAAUAAUGAUGUGUAACAGGAAUCGAUAAUUACCGAAAACGUAUUAAUUUGGUGUCCAAAAUGUUAUUGGUUCUAAAUGUGAACAUGUGCUAGCGUAAUAAAAUUAAAAAGAAAACUACAGAGUUAGCUAUAAGUAACAAAAAAUAAGAUAGAAAACGUAAAUAUUAAUUUGAAGUAUGACUUUGAAUAAGGAAAUCGCCAUGGUCAAGUUGCCACAGUCGCGUAGUGUGUGGGCAAUAUGUAUGGCCUCAUUUUUACUAUGCUUUAUAUUCUAUUAUUUUUAUGGUGGUUAUUUAACUAUGGCCUUAAUCGGUACGGUGUUAUUGGGGAUAUUUUAUUAUGCCCAAGAUGUUUUACUAUAUCAUCCCGAUUUGCCCGCUAAUUCACGUAUUUAUAUACCCAUACCCACUAUGCACAAUCUACCUCAUGAAACAGUGAGCAUACGUACCCCCGACAAAGUUACUUUGCAUGCAUUUUGGGUAAGUCAACCGGAAGAACGUUCGAAAAAUGUUCCCACUUUUGUUUACUUUCAUGGCAAUGCCGGUAAUAUGGGCCAUCGCAUGCAAAAUGUUUGGGGUAUAUUCUAUCAUCUCAAUUGCAAUAUUUUAAUGGUCGAGUAUAGGGGCUAUGGCCUCUCUACAGGAGCUCCCAGUGAAACCGGUUUUGUAACAGAUGCCCGAGCAGCCAUAGAUUAUCUUUACACUCGACAUGAUCUAGAUCACACACAAAUUGUGGUCUUUGGUCGUUCACUGGGCGGUGCAGUUGCCGUGGAUGUGGCAGCUGAUACGGUUUAUGGUCAGAAAAUCAUGUGUGCCAUUGUAGAGAAUACUUUUACAAGUAUACCAGAAAUGGCGGUAGAGUUGGUACAUCCUUCGGUCAAAUUUAUACCUCAUAUAUUGUAUAAAAAUAAGUUCAAUUCGUUAUCAAAAAUAACGAAAUGUUCAGUGCCAUUUUUAUUUGUGUCAGGUUUGGCAGAUAAUCUAGUGCCACCACGUAUGAUGCGAGCCUUAUAUACGGCCUGUGGUAGUGAUCGUAAACGUAUAUUGGAAUUUGUUGGUGGUUCACACAAUGACACCUGGAUAGUAGAUGGUUAUUACCAAGGUAUAAAAACAUUUCUCAAUGAAUGUCAAAAUAUUGUGCCACCAUUGGAAAAACCUCCAGAAAAGAGUAAUGUUUGGAAUGAAAUUCAAGAUGUUUAAUAUGUUUUUCUUUUGCAACAUAUACUACAACAUACCUGUUAAGUUUUCUAUCUACUAUUUAUUCUUACAUUUUGUUAAGAAUUUAAAUGCAUUUUUUUAAUUGAAUUUUUUAUUAUUUAUACAUAUUUUGUUUUAAUAGCUAUAAUUACUAUAACUCAACAAAAAAGCCUCUAUAAUUAAUCACAAUAUGUUCUCUAACUUCAAACUUCCUACUUACCUUCAACUAAUAACGUCUGCUUAAAUAUGUUAACUGCCAAAAGAAAUGAAUAGUUUGUUAAUAAUUAAAGAAAAAUGUCUUGUUAAAUACCAGAGAUCACUCGUGAUCUCCCAUCAUAGGGAAUAUAUUAUUUCAUUGUAAAAAAGCGUUUAUUUAAAAGAAAUUAAAAAAAAAACAUUGAGAGAGGCUGUGGGAACCAUUAAACAAAUUCUAUUAUUAAAAAGCUUUAAAAUGUAAAUAUUUUAGUUUUUAAAAAAUGAUAUUGUUAAUCGAGAUUUUUUAAAACAAAGUAUUAAAUUUAAUUAAAAAAAACUAAAGCAAUUAUUAUAUAUACAUAAUAAAUUAACUAAAAAAAUAAUAUAUAAAACAUA